AGAAGCCGAAGUAUAAUUAAUAAUACCGUGCCGACAUAUGGAUACCAAUUACAGAGCGAAUAUCGCAAAGUGGCUGCCGCUUUCCGGCGGUGCUCUCGACAAAUGGCUUGUAGACGCCUCUCUUCUGGACGAGAAAAUGGGAAAGCUCGCUGGUUGCAUAGCUUUAGUCAUCGAGGACUUUGCGGAUAUUCGGGCUUGCGAUCUGGAGGUAUUCGAAGAAGCGAUAGACAGCUUGGAGGAAUUAAUGGAGAGUUACAAAUCAACGAGCAGCCCGGGAGACUUGGGCACCCAUCCGAUAUAUAGAUACAAGAUGAAUCAUCUAUCGAUGGUGCUGAAACGCAAACUCAACGUGGUCGCGAAGUUCACCCGUAAUUUAAUCAUUGAUAUCGUUGAUUGCAAAAACGAAGAGAUUAUUCGAACAGUGUUCAGAUUGGUAAAUGUUUAUAAUAGCAUACUCGAUAUUGAUCGGAACGUAUUGAAUUCGUCUGUCAAUGUCUUCUACAAUGACUGCCCGUACAUGCUGGAGCCAUUGAAGAAAAUCUCCGUGACCAAAGUACUGCAGAUAUUAGCGAAGAACAGAGCGGAGGAAUCCUGUCAUGAGCUCAUCGAUUGUCUUUUGGCGAACUACGAGCCUCGUGAGAAAACUGAGUCUACGUCUGCGACAAACGACGUUGAUGUUUCGGAAAAUUCCAGCAUUGAGAUUUACCGCGCUCUUACGAGGCACCUAACUCCGCCAAUCGCGAGCGCUACAUCUACGUCCGAAGUGGAAAUAUCCAAUAUCGAGAGUGUGCAGACGCUUGUGAACACGCAAAAUGAGCAGAUCCUCAGACUUUUAAAUGUCGUACAGGAGGUUUCACCACAAUUACUUGGCGUGGAUGCUUUGAAAACUAGCAAAGGUGAGACGAGGUUGAGAAGCAGCGCAAUAAAGAAAGUGAAGAACUAUUAUCAGGAGGUUGCAUGGGGAGCCUUGUCCGGUAUUUUAGAUCAUGUAAUAUUAUGGUGGUCCCGAGAAGCUCUCGCGACCCAUCACAGCCACGGCGCGCAGCAUCUGAAGGAUUGGUUACGGCAGUUCAUUCAGGGAAAUGAAAUUCCAUCCACAGUCAGACCGGCGCUGCAGAACUUGUGCGACGCGCUCGGUUACCACACAACCAUCACCGCUUGGGACCAGCAGUUUAGAUUAGCCUACACCUCGGCUUUCGAGUGCCAUUCGAGACCGUCGACCACAGAGGGAACCGACACGGGUCAGAUGUUCGUCGAAUUAUUUCAGCUGCUGGUCACUCUCAGCAACGAAUGCGAGGUAGGCGGCGAAUGGGUAGUAGGAGCGCCCUUGGUAGAACUGCCGUUGUCGGAGCAGAUUGUUGUACUACAUAGGAUGGACCACUCGGUACAUACUGCAAGGUUGUGGGCCAUUCAAGAAACUAAGACCGUAGCGCACACUUGGGACCUGGACGUGUUCUUUCUCCUGGUGAAGGGUGACGUAGCAAAUUGCCUCGAAGAGCUAUCUUAUCUCAAGCUCGCUGAUCAUACGACCGCGUUGGAGUCCACAGAUUCCAUCAGUGUCCAAGUGUACGUGUGCACAAAGAUGAGGGCGAAGAUCGUUUCUGAAGUCAAGGCGAAUGUUGAAUUGCUACAGAUCUGCUCAGCUCAAUGCAUCGAUACGCUCGCUAAGAUCUGCCGUGUGGUCAGCCUUGCGAAUCUGCAUAUGUGUUUCCCACGAUCGGAUUACUGGAGGAGGAGUAGCAGCGUGGCUCCAGUGGCAGCCAGUCUUUACGUGGAGACAUACUUCGAAAAGGUGUUACUGCCGGUGUUGGAGGUGACAGAGGAUCAUGAAACGUCGAAUAUGAUUCUGCGAAUAAUGUGCGAAGCGUGGCUCGAUUACAUUUACCUGCAUCGCAUUAAGUUCAGCGAGUACGGUGCGCUGCAGCUGUUGACAGAUUUUGCGUACGUAUCGACAUGGGUCACUGAGUGUUCGAUCAUAUCGCAGAACAUCAGAAAUCACUUGCUGAAGAACGAGGUCUUGCGCCGUUGCGAGGGUGUCGGCCGGCUUCUUUUGAGGCAUCCGGGUGAAGCGAUCGCUAUGCACAAACGAUUGGCUCGUAGGACGAACGAACGAGGGUCGCCGGAAUCUCCAGGUCUAGAACGUAUGCCUGCUGAAAUGUACGUUCCAAAUCAAGAACAGUGGCUUGAGUUGCGCGCUUCUAAACGAUACAACUUCUGUUGUACGGAAUAAAAAAAAAUAAAUGAACGAUGAACCGCCAGUCGGACAUUUGAUCGUUGCAUUUUUUUCUCGAAUGAGCAACUUUAAAAUAAACUAAAAUCCUUUGUACUUUAAGUUAUAUAAAUCAUUAUCAAUACUAUCAUUUAAAUUACUGCUAUUGUAUCACUAAUUAAAUUAUUAUUAUUACUAUUGAUUAACGAGAAUAAAUCGAUCUGAUAAUUGGAGCUACGACAAAUACAAAUGUAGCUGAGAAUCAAACAAAAAUGUCCGCGCACGAAACGACUUUUCGUUGUCAAUGUAGAUUUACGUUCUCGAGAAGCCCGGCAAACAGACGGAAGCCCUUUCGCGAUCCAAUGACAUAUCGCGUUACUUAGCUAUAAGAUGUGGCGACAAAAUCAACGCAAUGACUAUGCACCGACCGUCAACCCCGGUAGUCAAACGUUGGCGUUCAUCAUUCACGCUACAACGUCUUAGCAAUUAAUGUCGCAGACAAUCAAACAAUACAAAAUCUUAUUCUCUGAUGUGACAACAAGUGCCUGCUAAACAUAUAACACACAUAUAAUACAAUAUAUAUAUAACAAGCAUAAUUAACAAUUAAUUUUAUAUUAAAUCGCUUGGGAGAUACCUGUGUGUGAUUUUAAACUAUAACUCUUAUAUAUAUAAAUCAUAUAUUAAAUUAUUAACUAUUCCAAUUGACACCUUGUUUUAUCAGGAAGUGUUUCAUUCACGAGUGACGCAUUUUCGUGCGCGCUGGAUAAUGUACUAUAUGAUUUUUACGAGUCACCAGCGGCGCAGAUUCGCGAUCUGUGGCGCGCUUUACCUCCGUGUUGUCACCGCAAAAUAAAAUUCUUCCGAGCAACUCAUGUUUCAUUCUUGGCUGUCGAUUCUCGAUUCACCUUAUAUAACCGGUUAGGUGGCCUAUGAGAGUGUGCGAACAAGCGUAAUCCACAACGUCAGUAUGCCCAAGGGCUGAAGACAUGGUUUAUUCUUCCCGCUUUAUACACGCUUUAUACAUGAAUAGAAAAGUUAAACAUAUUUAACGCAUCGAAGACGAAAAAGUACAUCUAAGUAAAAGUGCCGUGUUUAAGUGUUUAUCUAAGAUUCUCGAAGAACUUCCUUUAAGGGAAAGUAACGUCUGAAAGUGGUGUAUUAUAAUCGAGACAGCAAUUAACAGUCUGUGACAAAUGUGGAAAGGCUCGAGUACUUUAUUGAUCUCUCGUAUGAAUCAUAUAACGUAAGGCCGGAUUGAAUUAUCGAGAGAGUGAGAGAGAAUGAGGAGUACUGCCGCAGUUUCACUUGCCUGAAUCGCCAGAGACAAGAAUAUCUGUGUACCGUGGUGUACGUACUUUUUGCAUCUCCACUUCUGUGUGACAAAAA